AUGGCCGACACUUCUUACAACAAUGGCCCGGCCAAUGCGCCCCUGGCUGAGGUCAAGAAACCCAAGAAGAAGAAGGUCCUGCUCAUGGGCAAGAGUGGUUCGGGAAAGUCUAGCAUGAGGAGCAUCAUCUUUAGCAACUACAUUGCACGCGACACCCGGAGACUCGGUGCCACAAUAGAUAUCGACCUCUCCCACGUCAAAUUCCUCGGCAACCUCACCCUCAACCUCUGGGACUGCGGUGGCCAGGAAGCCUUCAUGGAGAACUACCUCUCCCAGCAGCGCGUCCAUGUCUUCUCCAACGUCGGUGUCCUCAUCUACGUCUUCGACAUCGAGUCUCGCGACAUCGACCGUGACCUCGCCACCUACGUCUCCAUCAUCUCCGCCCUCCUCCAGUUCUCCCCAGGCGCAAAGAUCUACGUCCUCAUCCACAAGAUGGACCUUGUCGUUCCCGCCCACCGGGAAUCCGUCUACGACGACCGUGUCCGUGUCGUCCGCCAGCGCACCGCCGAGUACGCAAACAGCAUCGGCUACCUCCAGCAGCAGCACCCGGACGACGACCCCACCAGCCCCUCGACGGCACCCGUCGGGCAAGGUUUCGAUAUCACGCCGUUUGCGACGAGUAUCUGGGAUCAGAGUCUGUACAAGGCGUGGGCCAGCAUCAUACACGAUCUGGUCCCCAACUUGGCCACUAUAGAACGCAACCUCGCCAAUCUCGGCGUUGCAAUCGAGGCCGAGGAGCUGCUGCUGUUCGAGCGCACGUCUUUCCUCGCGGUCUCAUCCUGGACCUCAGAAGAAGGGCAGCGGAACCCCACCGAGGACCGUUUGGAGCGCAUGUCCAACAUUAUGAAGCACUUUAAGCAGACCAUUAGCCGCUUCACCGGCACCCCGCGAAAUGCUGAGCAGUUCGUGCGCAUGGAGCACAAGGCCGGCACGCGGUUCAACCUGUUCAUCCUCAAAUUCACGACCAAUACAUAUCUGAUGGUUAUCCUGCCACCAGGUGAGGCCAGGUUCAACGCCGCCAUGCUCAACUGCCAGAUUGCCAUUGAACACUUCAAAUUCCUCGACGGCCCGGCCACAAUGAUUUCUCAGAGCGGCGGGCAUGCAUGA